GUGACCCCGGUCGGAUCAGUGGGCGUGUCCCCGGCAGCGCCGGAAGCGUAAUUUUGUUCUUGGCCCGAAUCUGGUUGCGGCCUGUGCGUACGUUUCAGCCUGACCCUGGAAUAAUUGUGUCCCUGACAAAGUGUGGGGGAGGGAGUAGGGAUGGGUGCUACCCGGGUUCCGGGUGACAGGUUCCCUGGGAGCUCAUCGGGAUAGUACAAGAUGGAGGACACUUGAGGCCGGAGGAUGAGAUCCCGAGUACUUGGUAAAAAUGUUGUCUCUUCAGUCACCCAGUGCUGUAUUUCUGUAGCGUGGACAUCCUGGGAAUAAUCUGCUGUCCUGCACACCAGUGUUUCUUUGCAUCACGUGGACCCUGGAAAGUAGAGGGGCUGGCGAAGUAUCAAAUCCUGGAACAAUUUAAGGCCGCAGGAGGGUGCGUGCACUUAAGAUGUCCUUGAGCAGUGGCGCACCAGGAGGGAAAGGUCUGGACACAAAUCCGGUGGAGACCUACGACAGUGGUGAUGAAUGGGAUAUUGGAGUGGGAAAUCUGAUCAUUGAUUUGGAUGCUGAUCUAGAGAAAGACCAGCAAAAACUCGAGAUGUCUGGCUCCAAGGAGGUGGGCUUGCCAGCCCCGAAUGCAGUAGCCACUCUGCCAGACAACAUUAAGUUUGUGACACCAGUUCCCAGUGGUCAAAGCAAGGAGUCUAAAUCAAAAUCAAAAAGAAGCAAAAGCAGCAAAGAUGGAAGUCGAAGUAAUCAAGCCUCCUCUGGACUGUUCCCAACUGGGGAGGCCAACAAGAAAGAGGCAGGAGGACGGUCUGUGGAAAGUGGAAAUAGUUCUGGAACCCCGUCUGUCUCUGUGGCUCCUUCCAAGAACAGUGAAAAAUCUAGCAAGGCUUCCCGCAUUUCUUCCAGCUCCAAGAAGGAGAGUGGAAAGGCAAAAAAAGACAAAAGUGAGGUAGGAGUUGGUGGUGAGAAAGAGCCUUCUGCAGUUCUACAGCCAACACAAGGAAUGGUGGGUAGAGGAGUAGCCUUGCAAGAGGCAGCAGGGGCUGCAGUGGACCAUUUAGGAGGGGGAAUGACUGUGGAUGGUGGAAGCACUCUUAAUGUAGCAGGGAUUAAAACUGAACCUGAGGAUCAAGAAGCAGAAAAUCGUGGCUUGAAGAAAAUUAAAGCAGAAGUGAUGGACUCUCCAGGUUGUGCUUCUUCUGGUCUCCCUCUGCAUCUACUUCCAAUGGUGAGCAGUGACAUAUCUUCCCCAUGUGAACAGAUCAUGGUGCGCACACGAUCAGUGGGUGUCAAUACAAGUGAUGUAGCCCUGGCUACUGAACCAGAAUGCCUGGGGCCUUGUGAGCCGGGCACCAGUGUUAACCUGGAAGGCAUUGUGUGGCAGGAGACUGAAGAUGGAAUGUUGGUUGUUAAUGUGACUUGGAGAAACAAAACCUAUGUAGGUACCCUGCUGGACUGCACACGUCAUGACUGGGCUCCCCCAAGAUUCUGCGACUCUCCCACCAGUGACUUGGAGAUGCGGAAUGGACGGGGGCGGGGCAAACGCAUGCGUCCUAGCAGCAAUGCUCCUCUCACAGAAACAGUGACUGUGCCAGAUAACAAAGGAGCUAGCAGUAGCAGCAGUAGCAGCAGCAAGACACGUGCUGGGACAAACAGCAAAGGGAGGAGGGGGAGCCAGAACUCAGGUGAACACCGCCCUCCUCCUUGUGGUACCACAGAUGACAUCAAAGCUAGUCCAUCUUCUGCCAGUAAGCGCAAAAGUAAGCCCCCUUCUGACAUGGAACUUACCUCUAGCUCAGAAGAUUCUAAAGGAAGCAAGCGUGCACGUACCAAUUCAAUGGGUUCCUCCUCAGCACCUGUGUCAUUGCCUUUAACGGUGCCACUUAGCACUAUCAAGGUAGAGCCUGCAACACUUGAUCGCAAUUGUUCAUCUCCAGUUCUCAUUGACUGUCCCCAUCCUAAUUGUAAUAAAAAGUACAAGCACAUCAACGGCCUGAAAUAUCAUCAGGCACAUGCACACACUGAUGAUGACAGUAAGCCAGAAGCUGAUGGUGAUAGUGAGUGUGGAGAGGAGCCUCAUCUUCACCUGGACAUUGGAGGAUGCAAUGGCACUUUUGCAUCUCAGAAAGGGUCUCUCUCUCCUGCGCGUUCUGCUACUCCCAAGGCCCGCUUAACUGAACCACACAGUCCAACGUUACCUGGCAAAUAUGGAAGCAAGGCAGUUUGUAAAAAGAAAGUGGGGGCAGAGGGUGACACAGAUCCUGGAGCUCUUUCUAAUGAUGGAUCAGAGGAUGGGCCACUAGCUACAGAUGACACCAGCAAUGAUGGCUUUGAGCUUCAGGAAAAAAGUUUGGCAGAAAAAGAUGCAGCCAAAAAAGGAGGCAUAAGCGCCAAGACUGAGAAGCCACCUGCCUCUAAAAGUGUAAAGUCUGCACGUCCAAUUGCACCAGCUAUAGUGCCUCAACCAAUGUAUACCUUUCAAGCAACCACCUUUACUGCCUCCAGUCCUGGCUCUACAACUGGCAUAACAACCACUGUGGUGCAAGCUAUGCCAGCUAGCCCUCAGCUUAAACCUAUUCAGCCGAAACCCACAGUUAUGGGAGAACCCUCUGGUAUCAAUCCUGCUUUGACGCCAUCUAGGGAUAAGAAAAAGAAGGAUAAAAAGAAGAAAGAGUCCAGGGAGGAGGAAAGCCCUGGCCCAUCCAUCAAGUCAGGCCGUCCAGAGGAAGGAAAAAGCCCUUAUGGAGAAGGGAUGGGGGAUUCUUCAAAUAAAGCUGAUGGGCUCCUCAAUGGCUCUGAUGCUCACCAGAAUCGCCUAGCCAGCAUUAAAGCUGAGGCUGAUAAAAUUUACAGCUUUACAGACAAUGCUCCAAGUCCAUCAAUUGGUUCAGGAAGUACAUCAAGUAGAAUAGAGAAUCCAAGUCCAGGCCAACCAAUGACCCCUCUGCAUGUUGUAACCCAAAAUGGCGCUGAAGGUACUUCAGCAAAAACAAACAGUCCUGCAUACUCUGAUAUCUCUGAUGCAGGAGAUGAUGGUGAGGGUAAAUUAGAUGGCACCAAAGUCAAAGACCCAGAUAUGAUGGUAAAAGAGGGUGCCAAAAAAACACUCUUUGCACAGCAGCCACAAAGCAAAGACUCCCCAUACUACCAGAACUUUGAGACCUAUUACUCCCCUAAUUAUGCACAUUCCAGUCCCAGUGCCAUAAAUCCCACUGCUCAAGCUGCAUCAGAGAGCCAGCCCCUCAAGGUAAAGAAGGAAGAGGAUCUAGAAGUUACAGAAGUAAAAAUGAAAAUAGAACCACCUGAAGAGAAGAAGCCAGAACUAACCAGCACAAGCCAACAACCGUCUGUGAUUCAGCAAAGGUCUAACAUGUACAUGCAGUCGCUCUAUUACAACCAAUAUGCCUACGUGCCUCCUUAUGGCUAUAGUGACCAAGGGUACCAUGCACACAUGCUCAGUACUAAUCCAACAUAUCGGCAGCAUUAUGAAGAGCAACAGAAACAACGACAGAGUUUAGAGCAGCAACGCAGCAGUGAGAAAAAAGCAGAAAUUGCAGUAAGGGAAAGAGAAAGAGAAAGCUCAAUUAAAGAUGAAUGGAAGCAUAAAUCUGUGCCCCCAACGCUAACAAAGGCCCCAAGCCUUACUGACCUGGGGAAAUCUGGGAGCAGCAAGGCCAAGGAACUGGGGACUGGUUCAGACUCUGGAAAGUCAGUGAUCAUCCCCAAGCCAGAGGAAUCUGUAAAGGUGCCUUUACAGCAAGGAGAGGGGUUAAAGGCAAAAGUGUCAGAAGGUGGUGGGCAUGCGGGGAAGGAUAUAGCUGAAGCUAAAUCUGUUGGAGAAUGUAAUCGCCAAGCUGGUCUCGAUCCUGCCCUGUGGUAUAGACAGCAGGAGGCUGAUUCACGAUUGUGGACAUAUGUAUACCCCAAGUACUCAGACCCCUUAAAAUCUGAGGAUGAACGAUGGAAGGAAGAGAGAGAACGGAAGGCCAAAGAGGAGCGAGCUCGGAGUAAGGAGGCCUCCUCUAAGGAUGAUGGCAAAGAGGGGGUGAGUGGGGAUGUCAAGGGACUACCAGGCACAGAGGACCUCAGAGGGCUGCCUAAGGACCAUCGAACAAGCACCCAUGUUCCAGUUUCAUCACCCCUCACACAGCAUCAAUCGUACAUCCCCUACAUGCACGGCUAUACCUACAGUCAAGCAUACGACCCCAACCAUCCAAGCUACCGUGGCAUGCCUGCUGUCAUGAUGCAGAACUACCCAGGAUCAUAUCUACCCCCAAGUUAUUCUUUUUCUCCUUAUGGAAACAAAAUUAGCAGCAAUGAAGAAUCUGAUAAGUCAAGAGCCAGCCCAAGUGUCAGUUGCAAACCAACCUCAGAGUCCAAAGCCUUGGACAUUUUGCAGCAACAUGCGAGCCAUUACAAGAGCAAAUCACCUACGAUAACAGACAAAUCCCCCCAGGAUCGAGAUCGAAGUGGCUGCAGUAUACCUGGGAGCACUGCUGGUUCAGUAGGUGGAUGCAGUAGCAUGGGUGCUCCAGAUAGAGGAGGGGACAGGAGUUCAGAAAGGCCUCGCACUUCCCCUUCCCAGCGUUUAAUGUCCACACAUCACCACCACCAUCACCUAGGGUAUUCUCUGCUGCCUGCCCAGUAUCCAGUACCCUACACAGCUGGCCUGGCUUCUACAGCCAUUGUGGCCAGUCAGCAGAGCUCAGCCCCUUCACUAUAUCCACCCCCCAGGAGGUGAAACUGGAGUUGACACCAAUUCCCUGUGUACACCAGGUCAUGUGACUGGAUCACAGGGCAUCAUGGGAACAAUAAUCUGUGCAUCAGUUAAAUGGUGUUGGAGACUGUCUGCAGCAAGAAUUUUCUGCACAAGCCUUUAGUUUCCUGCUCUGAUUCCAGACACCUAAAUCAGUUCCACCAUCUUAGCUCUUAACAGCAUCUACCUUCCAGAGACAUGGUCUGUAUUUAUUCAAGUUUGCCUCCAGCAAUAAAUGAGGCCUACAUGGAAAGUUGUCUGGAUUUUUCAAAACGUGCCCAGGAGGUUUUCUACAUAUUCCGCAUUCAGCAUAUUGUUCAUGAAACGGCACCCUAUGGGCCCUGGGCUGGUGUCCUCUGGUCACAAACUUCUGUUUCAAUUUUGUUCCACCCUUUCAUGUUAAACAAAAAAUAAUUUGUUUUAUCCUUAAUAAUACACUCCACCAGUCAGCCUGUGAACAUUUUUCCCUGUAUCAUCUUCGAGUCAAGGUGGGAUUUACAUCUUUCCAGACUGUAAAGUGGGGUGGGCAUGUGAUAUUAAUAAGAUAAAUCGUUUUAUAUUUGUCAGCUGUAUGAAAGUGAAGAAACAGGGACAUUUGUUUUGUGUA